CACUGCAUUAGGUUUUCGUUUUCGUUUUCCCUCUCUCCAUUUUCACCGGUGGCUUCCUCCGGUCGACUUCCUCCGUCGUUCCAGUUCCUCCGUCUGCUGCACUCUGCCUGGAGAUGGUGAGACUCACUGCUGACCUGAUCUGGAAAAGUCCUCAUUUCUUCAAUACCAUUAAGGAGCGUGAGUUAGACCUUCGAGGCAACAAAAUAUCUGUAAUCGAAAACUUAGGUGCCACCGAGGACCAAUUUGACACCGUAGAUUUGUCUGACAAUGAGAUUGUCAAAUUAGAAAACUUACCAUUUCUUAACCGAUUGGGUACACUACUUAUCAAUAACAACAGGAUUACUAGAAUUAAUCCAAAUAUUGGAGAGUUCCUACCAAAUUUACACACACUAGUUCUCACAAACAACAGAAUUGUAAACUUAGUAGAAAUUGAUCCUUUGACAUCCCUUCCAAAGCUGCAGUUCCUUAGUCUUCUUGAUAACAACAUUACUAAAAAAGUGAAUUAUAGGCUUUAUGUUAUCCACAAGCUGAAGUCCCUCCGAGUUUUGGACUUCAAGAAAGUGAAAAAUAAGGAACGAUUAGAGGCCAAAAAUUUGUUUGAAUCAAAGGAAGUUAUAGAAGAAGCUCAAAGGAUACCCGCGAAACCAGUUUCACCUGUUGAAACUUCAGAUGUUUCUGAGGCUACGGAGGAACAACAGAUACCCAAAGUGACAGCUCCUACUCCAGAGCAAAUUAUUGCUAUUAAGGCUGCUAUUGUCAACUCACAGACUCUCGAAGAGGUUGCUAGACUUGAAAAGGCACUGAAGUCUGGGCAACUUCCUGCAGAUCUAAAAAGCUUGACUGAUAAUAUGAUGACUGAUAAUGUCAAUGAAAAACAUGAAGAUGCAGUUCCUGCUGAAUCUAAUGAUACACAAGAGCAGAGAAAUACUGAUAGUGCUCAAAUGGAAGAGGAUUAGACUGGGAAGUAUGGUGCACUCAGAAUCUUGUUUGUUUUUCAUGGUGUAUCUUUCCGUGGGGGUUUCAUUUUCCUCUUAGUGAAUGACUGUGUUAGCGGUUACGUAUGUAUUACAUUUGGUUGUAGACAGUUGAGUGAAUCAUUAGGGCCUUUUUUUUGUCCUUAGCCAUGAAUUUUUAGUGUACUCAUAAGUAUUUACCUUUCUGUGAGUCCCAUUAGUGUCUAUAAAUACUUAAGCGAAAAUAUUGUUUAAAUACAUUUGAAUUAAGCACCACAAAGUCAUUGAUA